AUACUCAGAAUUACGCACAAACCAGGACAGCACAAAAGCCAUUCUAUUAUCGUUCAUAACCGUUCGUUAGGCCCCAAACUCAGUUUCAUUUCCAGAAAUCUCUUCUUUCUUCCUCGUCUUCUUCUUCUCGGUUCGUUUUCAUGGCUUCGUCGCCCUUCCAGAGCGAUAACAAUAGCAUUCAAGAAGUGAGCGAGAGACCUAUACCUCUGGACCAGAACGUUCUGCAGAAGCACGUCGCUUUCUUCGAUAGGAACCACGACGGCGUCGUUUAUCCGUGGGAGACUUUUCAAGGAUUUCGAGCAAUCGGGGGUGGCAUCCUCUUGUCCAUUGCGAGUGGUUUUCUUAUCAAUGUCGCUCUCAGUCGCAAAACCCGUCCUGGAAAGUUUCCUUCUCCACUGUUCCCAAUUGAAGUUAAAAACAUACAUAUGGCCAAACAUGGAAGUGACUCUGGAGUCUAUGAUACUGAAGGAAGGUUUGUUCCUUCGAAAUUUGAAGAAAUUUUCAAGAAGCAUGCAAAAACAUACCCAGAUGCUUUAACAUAUGACGAGCUCAAGGCCAUGAUGAAAGCAAACCGAGAACCUAAAGAUUACAACGGAUGGGUGGCUGCCUACACAGAAUGGAAGAUCCUAUACGACCUUUGCAAAGACGACCAGGGUUUACUGCGCAAGGAAACAGUCAGAGCUGUUUAUGAUGGAAGUCUCUUUGAGAGGAUGGAAAAGGAGCACUCUGAGAAGAAAAAGAAGAAAUAACUUUAAUAUUCUUUGAAACGUCUGUGUAAUUAUUACUUUUGGAAUGUUUGUUGUUUCUUUAUUUUAUCAUUUUCUGAUUAUCAUGUCCUUUUAACUUAAGGAGUUUUAUGUUGUGUUCAAGUACUAGGAAAAUAUAUGAAUGACUUUGUGGUAUUUAUUUAUAUAACAUAUAGCAAUGGAUUCUAAUGUUUACUUU